GCUUUGGGCAGCAGCGGCGGUAGCAUCGCGGGGCCCCAGACGAAAGAGCCACGGUUUGGAGAGCCGUCGUGGCAAAUCUUCUCCUCUUCUUCUCCGAUAGAGAGACAGAGACAGAGACAGAGAGAGAUCGCACCGCCGAAUCAAAAACACCGAUCCCGACUGCAAAAAUCUAUGGUGGUGGUAGCAGCAGCAGCAGCAGCUUAAAUGGCGUCAUCCCUCAUCGCAAGGACCUUUCUUGCUCAUCGCCUCGCUCCCUCCUCACUCCCCCUCGCUCGCAAGGCUCCGAUUCUCACCUCCCUUUUCACCAAGAGAACUCAUUGCACCUCACGCGGCUUGAGGUUUGCAGCUCAACAAUUUCGUCGAACUUUCCAGCCUAUGGCUUCUGCAGUUUUCCAAACGAGAGCUGACUAUUCUACACAAUCGGUGUCUACAAGUGAACCUGUUGUUUCGGUUGAUUGGCUCCAUGCGAAUCUCAAAGAGCCUGACCUGAAGGUGUUAGAUGCAUCAUGGUAUAUGCCAGAUGAGCAACGGAAUCCAAUUCAGGAGUACCAGGUUGCUCACAUUCCUGGUGCUCUUUUCUUUGACGUGGAUGGAAUAGCAGAUCAAACUACAAAUCUGCCACACAUGCUGCCAUCUGAGCAAGCUUUUGCUGCUGCUGUCUCUUCUCUUGGAAUUGAAAACAAGAAUAGCCUGGUUGUCUAUGAUGGAAAAGGGCUUUUUAGUGCAGCUCGUGUCUGGUGGAUGUUCCGAGUGUUUGGGCAUGAAAGAGUCUGGGUGUUGGAUGGAGGUCUACCAAGAUGGCGGGCAUCGGGUUAUGAUGUCGAAUCAAGUGCUUCUAGUGAUGCUAUUUUGAAAGCGAGUGCUGCCAGUGAGGCAAUAGAGAAAGUGUAUCAGGGACAGGCAGUCGGGCCAAUCACAUUUGAGACUAAAUUUCAGCCACAUCUUGUCUGGACACUCGAUCAGGUGAAAGGAAACAUUGACGAGAAGAGUCACCAACACAUUGAUGCCAGAUCAAAGGCCAGAUUUGAUGGUUCUGUGCCAGAGCCUCGAAAGGGAAUUCGGAGCGGCCAUGUACCUGGAAGCAAAUGUAUUCCUUUUGCACAGCUGUUGGAUUCUUCACAGACAUUGUUGCCGCCUGAUGAGCUUAAAAAGCGAUUUGAUGGAGCAGGCAUCUCUUUGGACAGUCCUGUCAUAACUUCCUGCGGUACUGGUGUUACAGCUUGCAUUCUUGCAUUGGGACUUCAUCGUCUUGGGAAGCAUGAUGUUGCUGUUUAUGAUGGAUCAUGGACUGAAUGGGGUGGCCAUCCUGACACUCCUGUCAACAAAUCAUGAGAUAAAAGAGCACUUCAAAAUGGGACAUGCUACCGAAUUGCUCAGUAUGAAAUUUACAUUUGGCUGCUUGAUUGUGACGAGAGCGAUUGUCUAAGAAAAAGGUGGUUUAUUUUGCCUUUGUCAAUUGCAAAUUGCUUUGAACAUGGGAAAUUGUUUACGUGAGAAUAAAGGUAAUUAGUGCAAAGUCUGAGUUGGAUACCUUCGAAAUAAGAAAAAUCAAUCGUUUAGAAAAUCUGACAGGUGAGCACAUAUUGCUAAAUAGGUACCUGUUAGCCGUUUGUAUAUGGAUGCCAUUCUCUGGAAAGGCAUAUCUGAACAGGUGUUACCCAAGGGAAAAAAACCGAUUCCGAUAUGACUCUGAA